AUGCUGGCGCGAGCAACCGCCCGUGCCGCCGCGCGGGCCGCGAGGGCCGCCCCGAGGCGAAGCGUGAACCUCAGCGCGUUGGAGGCGAAGGUCACCUCCGACGAGGGUAAACAAGAGCUCAAUCGUUUGAAGAUGGCCCUCAACGAGGCCGAGCUCCUCAAACAAAAAUACUCAAGCGCCCCCGCGGCGAUUGAUUUUGCCGCCUACAAGGGCAAGGUCGACGCCUCGCUCCUAGCGUUGGUAGAACCGCGUCCGUUUAGGCCACCUCCACGCCAUCGCCGCGUCUCCACGCAAUCGUCUCCACGCCGCCUCCACGCCGGCGCCGCGUCUCAUCCUCCACACACAGGCUGGCCGAGAAGGAGUUCAAGGGCGUCCAGUACCCGCCCUUUGCCGAGCUCGACGAGGCCAAGGCCGAGUACGACGCCAUGUUCGCCGAAGCACAACAGAAGAUCGCCGAAUCCAAGACGCGCAUCGACGAGCUCACGAAGCAGAUGAACGUCAUGGUCGCCAAGAAGGUCGGCCACGCGACGACCGUCGACGACGUCUACGAGGCCUACCCGGACAUCGAGAAGGAGGUCGACGACGAGAUCGACAAGCACGAGUGGGCCAAGGACGCCGUGUAGGUCGCGGCUCGGGACUACUAAGACUUAUAUAUA